ACGAUCCUGAUCUGGAGGUCGGCCGAGGCAGAUCGCGGCAGCCGAGAUGCCACGGUGCCUCAGCUUCACCGUCGCCCGAGACCGGUGCUACCGCCGAGCCUUCCUCAGCGCCGGCCUCCGUCCCUCCUCCACCGCCCUCGCCGAUGGCGCCACCGUCCACUGCUGGGUCCCCGCCCGCCCGGAUCCCUCCCGGCCCCCUCUCCUCCUCCUCCACGGCUUCGGCGCCACCGCCAUCUGGCAAUGGUCCGCCUACCUCCGCCCUCUCCUUCGCGCCGGCUUCGACCUCUACGUUCCCGACCUCCUCUUCUUUGGCGCCUCCAAGGCCCUCGGCCCCGACCGGUCCGAGUCCUACCAGGCCAGCUGCAUCGCAGCCGCAAUGGAGGCCGCCGGCGUGCGGCGCUUCGGCCUCAUGGGGGUAAGCUAUGGCGGGUUCGUGGCCUACCGGAUGGCGGCGAUGUACCCGGCGGCAGUGGAGCGGGUGGUGCUGUGCUGCGCCGGCGUGUGCCUGGAGGAGCGGGACCUCGCUUCGGGGCUCUUCGUCGUGUCGGACAUGGGGGAGGCGAUCGAAAUCCUGUUGCCUCAGCGGCCAGAGAAGCUCCGGCAGCUCGUCCGGCUGUCCUUCGUCCGGCCGCCGCCUGUGAUGCCGUCUUGCUUCCUCUGGGAUUACAUACAGGUGAUGUGCACAAAUUAUGUGAGAGAAAAGACAGAGCUAAUCCAUGCGUUGAUCAACGACAGGAAGCUAUCGGACCUUCCAAUGAUAACCCAGCCAACCUUGAUAAUUUGGGGAGAGCAAGAUCAGAUUUUUCCACUAGAACUGGGUUACAGAUUAAAGAGGCAUUUAGGGGAUAAUGCUCGGUUAGUGGUCAUCAGCAAUGCUGGACAUGCUGUUAAUCUUGAAAAAUCCAAAGAGCUAUGUCGGCACAUAAUAGCAUUCUUUCUUGAUUCUCCCCUCAAGAAUCACAAUGGGCAGAUGUGUUGUGGAAUGCGGUGGAAAAUUUUCUAUAAUUUUGCCGGUUUGACUCUGCGGAGGCUUGCUUCUAAAUUUCAAGGGGUACCUAAAAAGGCAUGGAUAACAUCUGUUGAUGUGUAGUUUGAUGGAUAUCUGAUUGCUGUUCUCAAGAACCGAGGCAGGCGCAAUCAUCAAGCUGUUCUACAUGCAUCCAUAUAUCGCUAUGUUCGAUGAUGCAGUUAUCUGCGCAAGACUUGCUUGCGGAUUUGAGACGAGCUUCCAACCUUUCCCAGGAAAUCUGAUUAUGCAUGCUUCUCCAUUUCAUGAUAAAUUGAAUUUUAGCAAUUGUUCGUUAUUGUAAAUGGUCAUAUGUCUCAUCAUUUUCUAAACAUAGAAAUCAGAUAUUAAUCUCGAUUGCACAUUAGUUGGUGCAUAAUUGUAUUUAUGGCCGGAUAGAGUGUAAUGUUUUCAUGCUGCACUAUAAAAAGAUCCCUAAAUCUGAGUUCUUUCA